ACUGCCGGGACCGCCCUGGGACAGUGCGGGGACAGCCCGGGCCGGCACCGGGACACCGGGCGACAACCGGGACAGCGCCAUGGGGCCGCAGGGUCGCCAGCACCCCUGGCUGCACCCAUGGGUGCUGCUGCACCGCUGGGUGCUGCUGCUGCUGCUGCUGCCCCUGCGAGCCGCGGCCGCCGCUCGCCCCAACUUCGUGCUGGUGCUGGCGGACGAUCUGGGCUACGGGGACCUGGGCUGCUACGGGCACCCUUCGUCCGCCACACCGAACUUGGACUGGCUGGCGGCCCGCGGGCUGCGCUUCACCGAUUUCUACAGCGCCGCCGCCGUCUGCAGCCCGUCCCGGUCCGGGAUAAACCCGCCGUGUCCCGGGAUAGAUGAGGGGAUAAACCCAACGUGUCCCGGGAUAAACGGGCGGUCAUGGACCUGCGGUGUCCCGGGACAGACGGACAGUGCUGACCCCUCGGUGUCCCGGGACAGACGGACAGUGCUGACCCCUCGGUGUCCCGGGACAGACGGACAGUGCUGUGGUCCGUGCCAGAACCUGACCUGCUUCCCUCCGGACACCAAAUGUUUCGGGACGUGCGACCAGGGCGUGGUGCCGCUGCCGCUGCUCUGGAACCUCAGCAUCAUCCAGCAGCCCGUCUCCUUCCCCGAGCUCGUUCCCCUCUACAACAAAUUCUCCCGGGAUUUCAUCGCCGACUGCGCCCGCCAGCGCCGCCCCUUCCUGCUCUAUUACGCUUCCCAUCACACGCACUACCCGCAGUUUUCCAGCCGGGAAUUCGCGGGGCGGACGCGGCGCGGGCCCUUCGGGGACGCGCUGGCCGAGUUCGAUGACUCCGUGGGGCAGCUGCUGCAGGCGCUGCGGGACAACGGCCUGGAGAGCUCCACGCUGCUGUUCUUCACCUCCGACAACGGCCCCUCCACGCUGCGCAUGGCCCGCGGGGGCAGCGCCGGCCACCUCAGGUGUGGCAAGGGCACGACCUACGAGGGUGGCAUGAGGGAGCCGGCCAUGGCCUACUGGCCGGGCAGGAUCGCGCCAGGUGAGCCCUGGUGGGGCGUGACCCACGAGCUGGCGAGUGCCCUGGACGUGCUGCCCACCCUGAGCGCCCUGGCUGGCGCUGCCCUGCCCAGGGUGGCCCUGGACGGAUUCGACCUGAGCCCGCUGCUCUUCGGGGAGGGGAGGAGCCCCCGCCAGGCCGUGUUCUUCUACCCCCCAUCCCCGGACCCCCUGCACGGCCCCUUCGCCGUCCGCCUGGGCAAGUACAAGGCUCAUUUCUUCACCCAAGGUUCUUUCCACAGCGACACGACGCCGGACCAGGCGUGCCACGGCGUCACCCCGCGGACGCCUCACCUGCCCCCGCUGCUCUUCGACCUGGAGACGGAUCCCGGGGAGCUCUACGACCUCCUGGGGGACCCUGCGGUGAGCCCCGAGCUGCUGGAGGUGCUGCGGGACAUCACCGUGCGCAAGGUGCUGCUGGAGCAGCGCCUCAAGUUCGGGGACAGCCAGAUGGCCAAGGGUGGGGACGCCCAGCUGCAGCCCUGCUGCGCCCCCGGCUGCAGCCCCAAACCUUCCUGCUGCCGCUGCUCCCCGCGCUGACGCCCCAAAACUUCCCAGCUCCGUCCCGCAAAGCGCCCGGCUCGGCCUCGGGGCUGCCCCAGAGCUCGGGGGAGCUGUGGGGAGAUGGGGUGGGGUGGGCUGGGGGAGACCCCGAAGCUGCUGGUGCUGUGCUCCGAGCGGGGUUUUCUUGGAUGGGAUCCUGACCCGUUCCAGGAGUUCCGGAAGCUUCUCCAGAGCCAGGAGAGCUCCUGGGAGCCACCAUCCCGCUGGAGCAGAGGGAAAAUCCCAAAUCCAGGGAUCCCAACUGGGUCCCUGAGGGUUGGGAUGGGGGGUCCUGGCAGCUCAGAGACAGGAGCUGGUGACAGCGGGGACAGCCCUGGGUGGCACCUCCAGCACCUGCCCAGCCCCGCGGGAUCCCCGGCUGCUGCCAUUCCCGUCCCUCCCGACGGCUUUUCCCGGGAAUGGCACAGCCGAGGCUCUGCUGGAGGAAUCCUGGCCUGGAGAAGUUUCUCCCUCUCUCCACCUGCCCGGCCCAUCCUCCCCUCCCUGGCUCCCCCUCGUCCCCCCCAAACCAUCCCAACCCAGCUCGUUUUUCCCGGAUUGUCCCAUCCCUGUUUUCCCCAGGAGACUGAAUCGGGCUGAAAAUGUGGAUUAAUGGGCGUCCUGAUUCCGGAAUAUUUGGAAAUUCUUUUGGAAUAAUUUUUUUCCUGGGAGUGGGGGCACGUCCAGGACCCCGGGGGCCGGGGGACUCUCACUUCCAUGGAUAAGGGCAUUUUCUCCAGUGGGGAUAAAUUUUCCAUGGAAAUCACUGCUUUGUCUUACACUUUUCUUAAUUAAUUUUCCUGCAAAUAAUUAAUUCCCUCUCUCAUGGCUGUUUCCAAUAAAUUAUUUUUAACCUC